AUGGAUCCAAGCUCUGCGCUUGAACAAACAACUUUAGAUGUGUCCAAUCUUCAGUCAGAAUUCAAAUACAUUCUGGACGAGAUAGGUAAUUCCGAUUUCAAGAUAUGUGAUCUACGAAAACAGUAUUUCCAGCGAGACGCUCAGCUACAGAAGAUAUACAGGCAGCAUGGCUCGGGAUCGGAGAAAUCGCGUGAAAAUGAGCUUUCUGAAAAGAUAAGUACCGAUUUGCAAGAGAGCCAAAAUUUGCAGAAAAACAAAUGUGUCCUAGCCAAUACUGCAUUGUUUUUAGUCACCAAGCAUCUCACAAAGCUCCAAGAUGUCAUCAAGACGCUUGAAGAAGAGGGUUUGCUGGCUCCGCUAGAAAACGAAGAGAAAGAAGGCGAAAGUGGUGGUGAAAACUCACGAGAAAGCUCAGUUUUGUCAAGCACCGGGGAAGGGCGUCGUCGCAAAAAUACCACCCCAGGACCACUCAGACGCAAACGCAAAAGUGAGGGAACCCCAGUGGGUCGCAACAAGGACAGUUCACCACCCACAGGCUCUGCAGAUCCCAAUUUUGAUCUUCAAGACUAUAACGAUGACCUAUUUUCAGGCUACAACCAGGCCGAGGAAGACGAUAAACAACUGUACUGUUUUUGCCAAAGUGUUUCGUACGGUGAAAUGGUGGCGUGUGAUGGACCGCAUUGCAAGUUCGAGUGGUUCCACUACACCUGUGUGAAUUUGAAGGAGCCCCCAAAGGGCUCUUGGUAUUGUCCUGAUUGCAGACAAGAACUUGCCAACAGCAGGCUGAAAAAGCGCAAGCUCUAG